AGCAGCAAUUGCUCCUGUAGCUCGUUUGCCAACAAGUUUCGCAAUGUCGUUCAUCGGGGUUUUCCUGCUGCUGUGUCACUGCGGUGGCGUGGCCAAAAGGGUUUCUUCGAAGACAGAAACUGACAUCCUUUCAUUCGAUAAUUAUGGUGUUGCCAACGUGCCCAAGUGCGUGGUGAUUGGGAAAACGAGGGCUGGAAAGUCCAACUUAUUGAGUUGGUUUUCCUCCGACCUGAAGAUUUUUGAGGCCGGCGAUGGAACAGACUCAUUUACGGAAGAUGUUAAGAAGGUGACGGUGGACUGGUUUGGUUCUGGAAAAUACGGUAAGGUGACUUUCUUGGACACACCUGGCGCCUAUGAUACAUAUGGCCGUGAUCAGAAACUUUUGGAAAAGAUCAUUAAAGGACUAAAGGCGGAGGGAUCCAUUACCCGUUUCCUUUGGGUGAUCAAGGCAGGUGAGCCAGCUGAUGGGUCAACGUUGCAGUCGAUGGUGAUCUUGCGAGCCAUCAUCGGACCAGAACUCUGGCAGUAUGUUGAUAUCAUUGAGACAUUCUGCACAAAGCACAUGUUUAAGAAGUUGCCCAAAACAAAGGGAAGGUGGCUGGAAAAGAUGCAGCAAAUUGAGGGCCAGUUUUCGGAGAGACAGCUUGAUCUCAGCCACCUGGAAAUGUUUGGGUUAAACUUGGACACCGAUGAGGCACUGGAGAGAUUGAAGGGUGAGCUGAACGUGGUCAAGUUAUGUUUUUCAGAGCCAGAGCAGGUGGCCAAGGAUGAAUGGCUGAAGGCUACCUGCGGUGAGUUAACCCGCGUUCGGAAGAGGUUGCAGAAAGAUGCAGAAGGGGCCCAGCUUGACACGCACGCAUUGGAGAAUCCUAUCACAGUUUGCUUCGAGUCAAAACCACCUCACAUUUUGCUCACAGAGAUCACAGCUAUUGAGAAAGAGGCUGACAAAACCUUUCCAAACUUGGCUAAAUGCGCCGGAAUUGGCAUUGACAAAUCAUUACGCAUGAAUGGUCAGGAGAUUCCAGGUCGGAAAGAUCUGAAGCAACUUUACGAGAAGGAUGCAAAAUUCAGUCAGGCUGUGGCUUUUCGUGCAAGGAUGGACGGCAAAUUGGAUGCGAUUGAUGAUUUCUUGCCAUCAGAAGCAGUGGAGGUAGCAAGACAGUACCCCGACUUCAGGUCGUGGGACGCUUGCCAAAAGGUUGAGAACACCCAAGAGAAAUUGACAGAGCAUGAAACGCAGGAGAGGCUAGAAGAGUUUGCGCAAGUCUUGAAAACCUGUGUUACAAAAGCACCCCCGGACAUGAAGGAAUCCCUUGGUAGGCGGUGGAGAAAUCAUCUGGGGAUAUUGGAGAAAGUCCUUGGGACCUUUGAUGGUGAUAGAAGCGGCCAGGAGAGCCGCAAGGAAAUAGAAGAGGCGAUGAAUGUCAGGUUUGAGGCCCUGGCUCGAAUCCAAUGUGUUGUCAAGGGUGAGGAAGCGACGCCUGUCGCGACCUCCGAGGUCAAUUUGCAGAGAAAAUUGAAGAAAGACCAAAUCAAAGAGGUCGAGACAAAGUGCUUGGAUGAACCAAAAUUGAAAGAACGUUUAGGGUUUGCAGGCUCACAAGCUCCCAAGAUAGCUAUUCGUUUCGAAGAUGGCGAGACACGGCUGGAUGCCAAAGCUUUGCAACUCUUUGUGAACGAGUGGUUUCAAAGGGGGAGCUAUGAGGAUCUUCGUCUCAUAGCAGAGAUUGAGAUACCUGAGUCUGAUGGCUUGAGAGAAAUCAGUCAGAGGGAUAAAGCUUUCAAAGAGCACUUGCAGAAAACGUAUGGCUGGAAAGCCAACUUCUUGGCAGAUAGCCUUGUCAAAGAUCAAGUGAACACGAAGCAGGGCCUUCUCCUCCAGGACAUCACGGAGAAGACAAUGCCUGAGACAUUCAAGUGCUCUAAGAAGCUUAAGGUCAUUGGGGUCCAACAAGACCUCAGCGCCAUCAAGCAAAGGGAAUACGAGGAGAUGUGGAACAAGAAAAGAAUCCAGAAGUCCAAGAAGUUGGAAGAUAUCCAAAAGAUGAAGUCUCGCCAGCAAGCCAUGGCAUCCUCUCGUGCUGCAGAGUGGAUCAGCCCGGAUGACUCUGCAAGUGCGACAGGCUCAGCAGCAUCGUGGAGUGUUGUUCAAGAGGGGGGAGCUCAGCCUGCAAGGAUCCAGUACCCUGCUCCAAAGCCGCCACCCAAAGGUUUUGAGAAGAAGGUGAUCCCAGAGAGCGCUCCAGCUGGCCAAGAGGAGGAGGAGUCAGAGACAGAUAUGCCUCCGCAAGAUGGAUGGGAGGCAGAUCUGCCAAAAGCUGAGAAGAUCGCCUCACAGAAUGCCAAAGCUCGGAAGAAGGGGCAUCGCGGCAUUCGUUGGGGCCAGAUGCCAGCGGCCAACGCUCAGAAUUUCCAGUUGCCCCCUUACGUUCAACAAUUGGGGGCAAAGGAGCAUGAACGAUCGGUGCUUGUCAUUGACAGCAGAGACAAGCGGAUCCAGUCUCCUUACCAAGGUUGGCUUCUGGACGAGAUCUUGCUGAACGCUCAGAGCGGCAUCAAUGUGCUGUCUGAUCGACAGCUGGUGAGAUCUCCAAACACGGGCUAUCACUUCAACCUGCUCUACGUUCGCACUCUGGAUGGGUUCAAGUUUGUGUUGGUCGGCUCGAUGACCUCGUAUGGGACAGUCCCUUGCGCGAAGUGGGACUAUCCUACGGGGCAAGUGCUCUCGCACCCAGCCUUCCAACCGUUCAGAUGGCCUAUGAUGACAGAUGAUGGAUCCACAUGGGUCGACGUCAAGGUCAAAGUGGAAGGUGAGUUGCUGCUCCACCUUGAGCUGCGUGGUUACCGAUCGGACCAGGACAUGACGGUCCAGUUGAAUUACAUCAACGACUCGGUGAUCCCGCGAUUGGAUGAGAUGCUCUUCAUCCCUUCGGUCGCUGUCACGGUGUUCCAAGGGUGGAGAGUCAUUGCCACCUCGUUCGAGGUUGGAGGGCGGCUCUACGCAUGCAGCGAUGGAGGCACAGUGGUGGCUCUUGAUUUCCCACUGUGCCACUUUGAGAUGAGGGUGACUGCAAUCUCAUCUGCGGACUCGAUCGGGAUGGAUGCCGAUCGUUUGGAGUUUCGCUUCAGGUCAUCUGGAGACAAGGUCGAUGUGUCAUGUUCCCUGGUGGUCCCAUCGACUUGGCUGGUUGUCUCACGUGUGUCAGGCCCGACGCUCGUGAAGAAUGCUCACUGGUGCCGUGACCACCAUGCCAGGAUCGAGGGUCCGGAUCAGACCAUGCAGCUUUCACAGCUGGCGGGGAUCCACGCCCAUUGGACGGCAUCGAUCGAAGCUGGCUCCGUGGAAGAGACUGGACCCAGAGUUGGAGCAGUUGCGGUGGAGUCUCAUGCGUCCAACUUGCACUUCACCUGCGAGUCCCCUCUGUUCAAGGCGGAGAAGGCGAUCGUCCCUCGAGAGUCUCUGGCCAUACAGGCUCACAAUGUGGAGCUCGAGCAGAAGACGGUUGUUUUGCCGCCGGUCACAGGUGGCCCAUCGGUGGUGCCGGCUUCCUCGGUCUCUGGAAGCUUGCUGGCUCUCGCAGGGCCUAUGGCGCCAUCAUUGACCGUGGCUCCAAAUGUGCCAUCCGAGGUGGCCUUGACGGCUCCAGGGGAAGCUCCGGCAGCCACUAAUCUGCAGGGUGGCGCUGUGCAUGUUCAUCGCAGACCUUUGGAAGCUCGCCAAGGGGAACAGAUGUCAGCAGCAGCGGUCACUCCGCAGUUCUUCCUGGAUCGUGUUAGCCAGGCCACAAGCGGCUAUGUGGCUGGAUCCAGCACUGUGCAGCCAGGCACGCCCCUCAGCAGUGUCGUUGUGGGAACUCAGAUCAGACUGUUAGUGAGAGCCGUGCUCGCCUCGCCGUUCGCCAACCUGGCACUCAUCUCGGCCAUGGAGGUGCGUGUGGCGUCGGAGUUCGUUGUCAAGGUCCAUGAGUGGGCUCCCACACUGGAUGAAGGCAUCAGGGAUGUUUUACUGGAGAGCAGUUUCAUGCUAGAGCAGUAUUGGAGCCUGGCCUCGUCGAUCGAGAAAGCCUUCUUUGCUUCAACGGCUCAACAGCUUGGUUUUGGUAUGUGUGACCCUUUAUCAGUUGCUUUGAGUUCUGAAGCUGCCAGAGCCAGACGCUCUCUUGCUAUCCGUGCUCUUGCUCAGAAGCCUGCCCAACCGCCUAGGAAGAUCUUGAAGAAGCCGGAGGAGGAGGUGACUUCAACUCCGCUUCUGGAUCAAGAGAAUGCGGCCAGGCGCAAGUGGGCAGCCAAGCUCGAGGACAUAGGGGAACGUGCAGGGGAGUUCUCCAAACUGUUGAUCGACACCACCAAUAGUGAAGGGUUGUCAGCAGCCGAAACGGCACGGCUCAGACAGCUCGUGUUGUCAUCAGGGGCUCCCAGGACGAUGGCUGCCCAUAUUUCAGCCUGGGAAAGGUUUGAAGAUUGGCUAGCCAGCGAACAGUUGGCCGUGUUCCCACUGACCCAUGACAAGAUCUUGAAAUACGCUCUUGCAUUGGAUCAUAAAGAAUGUGGCCCCUCUGUUUUGCCGUCCUUUAGAACUUCAGUUAAAUGGGUGACCUCCAAACUGGCGAUCGAGUGCCCUGAUCUAGCUCACCCCGCAUUUCUGGCUGUUCAGGCAGAGAUCGUCAAGAAGAGGAACACGACCUUGAAAGAGGCCGUUCCCAUCCCAAUUGCGGCAGUCGCCUGCCUGGAGCUUUUUGUGGUGGAUCCGAAUGAACCGGAUGCAGCGAGGCUCUUUGCAUGGUGGUGGCUCUGCAUGGUUUUUGCUUCUCUGAGGUUUGAUGACGCUUUGCAUGUUAAACCCCAAGAACUUGUUUUAACUGAUCAGGGUCUUUUUGGGAUUGCGUGGCAGACCAAAGUGGAAAGGCGCAGGCGAGGCACGAAGUUCGUAGUGCCACACGUAGGGUUCAAGGAUUCGGCUUGGCUCGAGACAGGCUGGGAGCUGCUCCUCCUUGAGAACCCUGAUCGGGACUACUGGAUGCGGGACCUGAACUCUCGUGAGGAGUUUCGCGACGCCCCGGCGUCCUACCAACGAUCAAUGCAGUGGCUGCGAACGCUUGGCCAAACUGCCGUGACCCAGUUCAUGAAUGGCAAUCAAGAGGAGAUCAACGCGGUGUUGGACCGGCUCUCUGAAGUGACAGCUCAUUCAGCAAGAGUGACGUUGCUCGACGCUGCAGUCCACGCUGGUCGCUCCACCGAGGAGAUUGGCCUCCAGGCGAACUGGAAGAACCCUGGUCCUUUGGUGCUCAAGUACACCCGGCAUCGUACCAGCGUUCCGGCUCAGAUGGUGAGACAGCUCGUCCAGGACAUGAUCGAGAACGAGCACCCAAUCGAGCCACCAGAGGGGGCCAUCCUUGAUGGAGAGGAUCCGUCGGCUCUUGAGGACGUUCAGUUCUUUGUCAAGUCCUCGGGCGCCAGGCGAGCUCAUGACUAUAGGCACCACUGCUCCCAACUUGGGGAUCCCACAGUACUGGCGUGUGGUCGCCUUCCUGUGGACGAAUGCUCGUCUGUAGGGCCAGCAUUGCCCGAUGCAGCAGUUCUGUGCAAACAUUGUGCCAAAGCUCGGCCUGACGUGGCUGCUCGCUGCUUCGUCGUGAGUCCGGGCUCCCGUCAUGCAUGA